GCCAACCGAAAGAAACCAAACAAUGUUAUUUAAAAUUGUUUUUAUUGGAAAAAUUUAAUCCUAUCUUAUCUUUAGUAAAUAUUUCAGACUUUAGUUGGUGAAUAAUAUUUUUAAACAUAUAAAAAACAUUUAUUAGCAAAGCAUAUUUGUUUGUCAUCUUAACCUAACCUUAUUUCUUUGUUUUUUAACAUUUUUUACGUAUUUUUUCAGCAGUAUUUAAGUUGAAAGUUAACGAAAAUGUCUGCAAAGGUGGAUAAAAUAGUGAAAGUUUAUAAAUCGUUGGCUCAAAAUCCAUCUCUGUUGGGGGCUUAUUUAUGCUCAAAUGGCGUUGUUAACUCGGUGUGGUCCCAAAGAAAUAUAGAAAAAGGAAAAACGACGAAAUUCACGAAAACUUUUGUGUUGGAUAAAAAUUUAAAAAAAAUUGCUGAAACUCAACCUUUGGAUAUCACUGAUGAGGUGUUAUCGAGGGUAUCAAAGUCCGAAAAAUUCAGGGCCGUGCUAAGAGAAAACGACAGCAAGCAAUUUUUGGAAAUUUGGCAUAGCGAGAAUUUAAUUCGCUGUGUAGACUUAAACGCGUUGGAUGUGCAUGGGAAUGUGUAUGCUGAUGUUGAAUUUGGCUCGUUUGAGUGGUCACCAGACGAGAGGAAGGUUAUGUAUGUUGCUGAGAAAAAAGUACCAAAAAGUGAUCCCUUCUAUAAGAGGAAAGGUAAUAAUGAGGAGGGGAGUGGGGAUUCCCCCAAACCAAGGGGUGAGGAAUUUGUUUUUGUGCAAGACUGGGGGGAACAAUUGGUGGGAAAAAAAAAGUCAGUCAUUGCUCAAUAUGAUGUGGAAACCGAUUCCGUGGAAAUAUUAUCUGGAAUUCCGGAUAAUAAAUGUGUGGCCCAACCAAAAUAUAACCCUGAUGGGUCGGGGGUUGUAGGGGUGGCUUACGAGACCGAACCUAGAAAAUUGGGGCUUAUUUAUUGUAGCAACAGGGCCAGCAGUGUUUUUAGUUUGGAUUUUAAGGGAAAUUAUGUCGAAGUUGAUUUAGUCAAAGACGAUUUAGCCAAAGCUGUAAAAUCGCCAAUAUUCACUCCCGACGGGAAACAUAUUAUUUGGCUGCAAAGGGAGUCAGGGGGGCCUCAUGCCACCUGCAUGUCUUUGGUGAAAACUGAAGUCCCGCUAGCGCAAAAGUCCGACGUUAAAACUGUGCUGGAAGCCGUUAAUGAGUCGGUUGACAUCGGAAAUGGUACCAAAUUUUAUGGGCUUUACAAUAACGGUUUUCCUAGAAGAUGCUGGUUGAGUAAUAAUCAGUUAAUAUUGAGCACAAAUCAAAAGUACACCAUUAAUACCUACAUAAUUAACAUAGAUAAUGGAAAAGUUACUGAAAUCCCGUUUAAAGAUGGCAGUCAGCUAAUUUUGGACGCUUUCGAUGGCAAAAUUUUAGUGGCCAGAAAAAAUUGCCGCCAACUGGACUACUUAGCAAUUGGAGAGAAAAAUUCCGACUCGACUUUUGCUUUUGAAAAUAUCACCCAAUCAAAACUAUUGCCAAAUUUCGAAAACAUCAUCUACAAUUACAUGGAUUUCGAGGUUUUAAACGAAUAUUCAGCACCUUUUAAUGCGAUUUAUAUUGGCCCCAAAUCGGCCCCCGAAAGGUCCGUACCGUUAAUAGUGUGGCCCCACGGUGGGCCGCACAGUGCCUUCGCAAACUAUUUGAUGAUGGAAGCCGCCCUAUUUUUGCAAUUCAAUUAUGCGAUUCUUUUGGUCAACUACCGCGGUUCGUUGGGCUUCGGCAAAAAGUGGGUGGACUUUUUGCCGGGCAAAGUGGGCGAGGCAGACGUGGCCGACUGCGUCCAAGCGGUCGAUGAAGUUCUGCUAAAACGCAGCUAUCUGGAUCCGGACGCUUUGUGCUUGGUCGGGGGUUCCCACGGCGGAUUUCUGGUGACGCACCUGAGCGGUCAGUACCCUGACAAGUUCAAGUGCGUCGUCGCCAGAAAUCCGGUCACCGAUAUCGCCAGCAUGAGCGUCAUUUCCGACAUACCCGAUUGGUGUUAUGUUGAGGCUGGUAUGGAAUACACACAGAAAGGCGAAAUAAACAGAGAUAUCCUAGUUAACAUGCGUGAAAAGUCGCCCAUAGUUCACGCUCAUAAAGUAAAAGCCCCAACUUUACUACAAAUUGGUUCAAAAGAUUUAAGGGUUCCGUCGCAACAAGGAACCGAUUAUUAUCACAGGCUUAAGGCAAAUGGGGUUAAAGCAAAGAUUAAUUUGUAUGAUGAUAACCAUCCAUUGGGGACUGUUCCAAACGAAAUGGACAAUAUUAUUAAUAGCUUGUUGUGGAUUGAAGAAAGUAUUGGCAGAACUGAAUAA